UCUUCCUCCCCUCUCACAGGUAGCCGCUCUGUCAGGCGAUGCUCGCCGAUGUUUGGACAUCUGUCGCAGGGCGACAGAGAUCUGUGAGCACUCUGCUGCUGACCCUUCUGCCUCAAGAUUGGUGGGAAUGAGUCACGUGAUGGAGGCGCUGAAUGAAAUGUUUUCCUCCGCCUACAUCACUGCCAUCAAGUGUGCAUCACUGCAGGAGCAGCUCUUCCUCAGGGCAAUCAUUGCUGAGUUUCGCCGACUUGGAUUGGAGGAGGCCACCUUCCAACAGGUGUUUGUGCAGCACCAGGCUCUGUGUCGGGUGGAGGGUCUGCAGCCAGUCACCGUGUCGGAGGGUCUGGCGGUGUGUCAGCGUCUGGGAGCCUGCAGGUUACUGCUGCUGGAGUCCAGCCGUUUGGGAGUCCUGCAGAGAGUCCGCCUCAAUGUGAGCCAGGACGACAUGCUCUACGCCCUGAAAGCUGACUGAAGGAGAAUCCUCUUCAGACUCAUUUAUCUGAACUACAUGAGACGUUAACCUGUCUGAGUUACACAACCUGAAACGAAACAGAUUUCAGUUUUUAAACCUUAAUAUUAAGUCGAGGCACAGAUUUGGAGUCAGUUUUUUUGCAUUUGAUGGUAUGUUUUCUCCAUAAAUCAGUUAGUCUUUAAUUAUUUUAAGUUUUGAUGUUCCCAGUUUAAAAUGAGAGAUUUGUCUUUCUGGAAUUGUUUUUAACAUUGUAUAGUGCAUCUGUUUGUUUUAUGUUUAAUACCUGAAUAUGCAAUAAAACUCCACCUUUAAUAUGAAU